ACUGAAAACAUGUGGACAGGAAGCACAUUGGAAAAGUAUGUGCGUGAUUUAGGCAACUCUGUAAUGUCAUAUUGGGAUGAUCCUGUUCCUGCAGAACAGAAAUGCACCGAUAACAUUCAGCCUAUAGCGUAUAUACAGAUCAUCAAUGAAAUCACGAGAUUCGCUAUAUCCAUAGAUGUCUCGCAGUAUAAAUUGGAAGAGCUUCAAGUACAUCUCAUUGGCCGAGACCUCAUCAUUGAGGGGAAUCAAGAAAAACCCGAUGUAGAAGGCUACAUCCAAAACACAUUUUUGCGACGAUGGACCUUACCCGAUGAUGUGGAUUUGGAUGCGGUUGAGAUAAGCCUUAACGAACAUGGAUGUCUCGUAGUUGAUGCUCCAAAAACUGGCCUACACACUUUGCGAAGAGAACUACCGAUCAAGAUCAUCGAUGAAAUCACGAGAUUCGCCAUAUCCAUAGAUGUCUCGCAGUAUAAAUUGGAAGAGCUUCAAGUACAUCUCAUUGGCCGAGACCUCAUCAUUGAGGGGAAUCAAGAAAAACCCGAUGUAGAAGGCUACAUCCAAAACACAUUUUUGCGACGAUGGACCUUACCCGAUGAUGUGGAUUUGGAUGCGGUUGAGACAAGCCUUAACGAAUAUGGAUGUCUCGUAGUUGAUGCUCCAAAAACUGGUCUACACACUUUGCGAAGAGAACUACCGAUCAAGGUUUCUUCGAGCAAUGGAUUAAAUAGAGCUGUUUUGGCGUAG